AUGAAAGCGUCGGCAUGUAGUUUUGCGCUUUGUUUUGGCGUGAUAUCCAGUGCACUUUCUUUCCGGAUCCAUCGGAGCGCCUUGAUAUCGUCUAGGAAUGUAGACCUCACAAUUUUGCACGAGCGCAGAAAGAGGCAGGAAUACAGGAACGCGGCAACUCAAGUUCUCUCUAAUUUUAUGGAAAAAGGGGAAUCUGCUAGCGAUGACGUCGACCCGAUCGAUCGGAUCGAUUUCAAUGCGCCAAAGUUGUCUAGCAAGUUGGAUCUAAAAACGCUAGCGGUCGCAUUGGACGCAGAGCUUUAUGAGAAAGAGUGGUUUGUGACCGGAAACGUUAAUCCAAUUUAUUUUGCAGACUCAUUUCGAUUCGAGGAUCCGGACGUGAAGUUGGAUGGGAUUGAGGAUUAUGCUCGGGGUGUCUACAAACUAUUCGAUCAGAACACGGCGCGAGCCGAAAUAAUUGCAACUGAAGUGAGUGAGAAGACUCCUAAUACAGUCACUUGCACUUGGAGGCUGUCAGGAAGAGUAAAGAUCGGUCCUGGUUUGACAAUCAAGCCCUACAUUGUAUAUACUGACUUUACAGUCGAUCCGAAUUCUGGUUUGAUUACUCUGCAGGAGGAUCGAUUUAGCAUCCCCCAAUGGGAUAUUUUGCUAAGCGCUCUCUUUCCGUUUCUUAUUGGGAACGUCGCUUCUCCGCCAGCUCCGCCAGUGGAACCACGCGUUGCUCCGGUACUGCCUCAGAUGGUGGGCAGGACGCGAGGCCCUCUUGCUGUGUUCUCGAACUUUUUCCAAAACCAAUAA